UAUUCUCUCCCCAGACUUCUCUGUUUUUUUUUUUUUUUUUCUCUUCUUCUUUAUUAGUUUCUGAUAAUUUUUUUUGAUUUUUUUUUGUUUGUUUGUUUGUCGGGCUUCGAUUUCGAGGUCCGAGUUUCUUCUUCUUCGCGAAAAUUUUCCCCAAAAAUAAAAAAACGAGUUUUUUUCUUUCCUUGUGGGUAUAAUCAAUCAUGUCUGAUGGGUAUUAUAGUUCUAAGAAGACGGACGAUAUCUGCGAUGAUGUUUGUGGACAGGAUGGUUCUAGAACAGCCAAGGCUUUCUCAAGGGUUAGAUGUGUUCUACGUGGACUCGAUUUCAAGACAUAUAUAUUCUUCUUCACCAUUGUCCCCAUUUUCAUCUUUGGAGUCUAUUUGCACGGUCAGAAACUUACGUAUUUCUUGAGACCUCUAUGGGAAUCUCCUCCUAAGCCGUUUCAGACGCUUCCUCAUUACUACCAUGAGAACGCUACCAUGGAAACGCUAUGCAGUCUUCAUGGCUGGAAACACCGGGAAUCUCCGAGAAGGGUCUUUGAUGCUGUCUUGUUUAGCAAUGAAGUUGAUAUGCUCACUAUCCGGUGGAAAGAGCUCUAUCCUUACAUCACACAAUUUGUGAUCCUUGAAUCCAACUCCACAUUCACAGGUUUGCCUAAACCGUUGGUUUUUGCUGGAAACCGGGGGAAGUUCAAGUUUGUUGAGCCGAGGCUGACUUAUGGGAACAUUGGAGGAAGAUUCAAGAAAGGCGAGAACCCGUUUGUGGAAGAAGCGUACCAGAGGAUUGCAUUGGAUCAGCUCAUCAGACUCGCGGGUAUAGAAGAAGACGAUCUUUUGAUAAUGUCUGAUGUUGAUGAGAUCCCAAGCGCUCAUACCAUCAAUCUGCUUAGGUGGUGCGACGGAUACCCACCCAUUCUUCAUCUUCAGUUGAAAAACUACUUGUACUCUUUCGAGUACUUCGUCGACAACAAAAGCUGGAGAGCUUCCAUUCAUCAGUACAAGCCGGGGAAGACCCGAUACGCUCAUUUCCGCCAAGGCAACACUCUCCUAGCAGAUUCGGGUUGGCACUGUAGUUUCUGCUUCAGGCGCAUUACUGAGUUCAUCUUCAAGAUGAAAGCAUACAGCCACAACGACCGGGUCAGAUUCUCUCAUUAUCUGAAUCCCAAAAGAAUCCAGGAUGUGAUCUGUAAAGGAACUGAUCUGUUCGACAUGCUUCCUGAAGAGUACACAUUCAGGGAAAUCAUCGGGAAACUAGGUCCAAUACCGAGGUCAUAUUCAGCUGUUCAUCUCCCAGCUCAUCUGAUCGAAAAAGCUGAGAGUUACAAGUACUUGUUACCUGGGAACUGCAUAAGGGAAAGUGGCUGAUAAGGGUUUGCACUUAUCAGUCUUUCUAGUGUUAGGUAAAUUGGAGGGGAAACGGCUUAUCAGUAGAGGGAGUGUGAAACAGAGAAUGGUACAGUUUAUUUUCUUGGGAUCCGAGGAGAGUGAUUUGAUAAGUGGAGUCUCUGGUUUCAGCAUUAUCUCUCGUGAGGGUAUAUAACCUUGUCUGCUUAUAAUCUCAUACUGACCAUGUUCCAUUCUGUUCCCAGCUUGUUUUGGGAAGUUUUGCUGGAAUAGUCUCUGUCUCUCUUAUCUUUCUCUUUCUCUUUUUUACUUUUAAACUCUUUCUUCAUACUCUCGCUUUUAGUCUGUACAAUUUAGUGAUUUCUUUACAUCAUCCUGAGAUUCUUUGUAAUCUUUGCUUAUUUUUUCGUUUUAUAUCCCGAGUUUGUUAUUCAUUAUUA